AGUAGUCGCCGUUGUUGUGAAGAUGCGUGCGGAGGGGAAAACGGCGCAUUUUUCGGAAAAAACGUUACAUUCGUCAUACUUGAAGGAUUUUCGCGUGGAACAAUGUCCGCUCUUCCAGCAACACAAGUGCAAUCAGCACCGGCCAUACACGUGCUUUCAUUGGCACUUCAAAAACCAGCGUCGAAGGCGUCCCAUCCUCCGUCGUGAUGGAGCCUUCAACUACAGUCCUGAUGUGUACUGCACGAAGUAUGACGAAUCCACUGGAGAAUGUCCAGAUGGGGAAGAGUGUUCCAACUUGCAUCGCACGGCGGGCGACACGGAGCGGCGCUACCAUCUGCGCUAUUACAAGACGGGCAUGUGUGUGCACGACACGGACUCGAGAGGGCUCUGCGUCAAGAACGGCGUGCACUGCGCGUUCGCUCAUGGUCAGAACGAUCUGAGGCCGCCCGUGUACGACAAGAAGGAGCAGGAGAUGAUCGACCACCCGGAGACGGACGUGAACGGCAGCGGUCCCAACAGCCUGGACAAGGAGCGCAACAUGAUGAGCGAGGAUCCCAAGUGGCAGGACACCAACUACGUGCUGGCCAACUACAAGACGGAGCCGUGCAAGAAGCCGCCGCGUCUCUGCCGCCAGGGCUACGCCUGCCCGCAGUUCCACAACCCGCGCGACAAGCGGCGCUCGCCGAAAAAGUACAAAUACCGGUCCACGCCGUGCCCGAACGUGAAGCAGGGCGACGAGUGGGGCGACCCGAACAGCUGCGAGCACGGCGACGGCUGCCAGUACUGCCACACGCGCACCGAGCAACAGUUCCACCCGGAGAUCUACAAGUCGACGCGCUGCAACGACGUGCAGCAGAACGGCUACUGCCCGCGCGCCGCCUUCUGCGCCUUCGCGCACGUCGAGAACGAGAUGGUGACGAGCAGGGAGGUGGGCGCGCCGGGCCUCACCUGCCUGGCGGACAUCGUGUCGUCGGCGCUGCCGCAGGACGAGGGCGGCUCGGCGCGCAAGAUCUCGGACCACGGCGACGGGCCGGGUCACAAGCCGCAGCGCAACGGCCGGCUCUCGCUGUCGGACCUCAACAACAGUCCGCUGCCGGCGCACGGCAAGUCGCGCACGUUCAGCGGCCCCUCGUCGUCGGUCGCCGAGCCGCUGCCGUUUCACGCGUCGCCGGCCGCCGCUCUGGCUGGCCACCCGCCGGCCGCAGCCGCCGCCGCCGCCGCCAGCUACGCCAAGGCGCCUGGCAGCGAGCGCUGCGACAAAGACGCGCAGCUGCGCCGGCGGCUGCACGAGAUCGACACCGACCCGCACAUGGACCCCAUGGAGAAGCUGCGCCGCAAGAACAGCCUGUUCGCCUCGCUGGGCGUGUCGCUGUCGUCGAGCGGGCCGGCCGCCGCCGGGCCGCGCCUCUACGCCGCCCCGGACAGCAUCGACGGCAUGAUGGGUCAGAUGUCGCUGGACCCGGCCGGCGAGGCCGACGACGGCGUGAUGGCGCAGAUCGACCGCGAGCUGGAGCGCGAGGAGCGCGAGUCGCAGCUGGCGCUGGGCGCCGCGCUCUCCUCGGCGCCGGUCAACAUCCCCGGCUCGGGCCUGGGCGAGCGGCUGGCCGGCCUCUCGCCGUCGGCCGGCUCGCCGCUGCUCUCCGGGCUGGCGCUGCUCGGCCAGCGCGCCGGCGGCAGCGUCGACCAGGGCCUGCUCGGCCGCAGCAACUCCAUCUACGGGUCCAGCAGCCUGUUCGAGUACGGCGGCAGUCCGACCAAGCCCGGCCUGGGCGCCAUCGGCGGACCGAUCAUGUCGCAGAGUCCGCUGGUAGGCGGCGGCUUCGGCGCCAUCGAGGUGCAGCGGCUGCGCGAGGAGCUGGCGCAGAACCGGCUGAAGCUGGUGCAGUGGGAGGAGAGCCUGCUGCAGGCGCGCACCGCCUGCGAGGCCUGGCAGCGCGAGGCCGAGGAGAACAAGCUACGCGCCAAGCGGGCCGAGCAGGGCCGCGACGAAACGCAGCGGCGGCUGGCCGCCCUGCAGCGCGACAUCGACGCCAUCAGGUCUGAGCUGCACGUGGUGCGUCCGGCGACCGACCUCGACUCACUACCGGUUAACACGCUCAGCACGCUGAAGGCGCAGCUGGCGGCCGACCUGGAACGGGUGGACCAGGCGAUCAUGACGCAGAUGCGCCACGCCCAGGUGGCCCCCGGCCAGCGCUGGUUACAGUAGCCACGCCGUCAGCUAGACGCAUUUUCCAAUAGGGUG